AUGUAUAGCAAUUUCAAGGAGCAAGCAAUAGAAUACGUGAAACAAGCGGUACAGGAAGAUAAUGCGGGAAACUACGCAAAAGCGUUUCCUCUAUACAUGAACGCGUUGGAGUAUUUCAAAACGCAUCUCAAGUACGAGAAGAAUCCCAAAAUUAAAGAAGCUAUUACUCAGAAAUUUACUGAGUAUCUUCGUCGCGCUGAGGAGAUCCGAACUGUUCUCGAUGAUGGUGGGCCGGGACCUGCUUCUAAUGGGGAUGCUGCUGUUGCUACGAAGCCAAAAACGAAGCCGAAGAAUGGCGAGGGAGAUGGAGAGGAUCCCGAGCAGUCGAAGCUUAGGGCUGGGUUGAAUUCUGCGAUUGUGAGGGAGAAACCGAACGUGAAGUGGAAUGAUGUUGCUGGGUUGGAGAGUGCUAAACAAUCUUUGCAGGAAGCUGUUAUCUUGCCUGUGAAGUUUCCUCAGUUUUUCACCGGUAAAAGACGACCUUGGAGAGCAUUUUUGCUGUAUGGACCACCUGGAACAGGUAAAUCAUACUUGGCUAAGGCUGUUGCAACUGAAGCCGAUUCUACGUUUUUCAGUGUUUCUUCAUCAGACCUCGUUUCGAAGUGGAUGGGUGAAAGUGAAAAGCUGGUUUCAAAUCUUUUUGAAAUGGCUCGCGAAAGUGCACCUUCCAUCAUAUUUGUUGAUGAAAUAGAUUCUCUAUGUGGUACGCGUGGAGAAGGCAAUGAGAGUGAAGCUUCAAGACGAAUUAAAACUGAACUUCUGGUGCAGAUGCAGGGGGUUGGACACAGUGAUCAGAAAGUUCUCGUUCUUGCAGCAACAAAUACACCAUAUGCUCUAGACCAGGCAAUAAGGCGGCGUUUUGAUAAGCGUAUAUACAUUCCACUACCAGAUUUAAAGGCUCGCCAACACAUGUUCAAGGUGCAUCUAGGAGACACUCCUCAUAAUUUGACUGAAAGUGAUUUUGAACACUUGGCUCGCAAGUCAGAGGGGUUUUCAGGUUCAGAUGUAUCUGUCUGUGUUAAGGAUGUUUUAUUCGAACCUGUUCGUAAAACCCAAGAUGCCAUGUUUUUCUUCAAGAGUCCAGAAGGUAUGUGGAUACCAUGUGGACAGAAGCAACAGAAUGCAGUACAAAUUACAAUGCAGGAUCUUGCCACACAGGGACUUGCUUCAAAGAUCCUUCCUCCACCUAUAUCAAGAACCGAUUUUGACAAAGUACUUGCUAGACAAAGGCCUACAGUAAGCAAAUCUGACCUCGAUGUUCACGAGAGAUUCACCAAGGAGUUCGGAGAGGAAGGUUAA